AAGACCACCACCACCAGAGUCCAAAACGAAGAAUAACAAGGAUGGUGGGGUUUUUCACUUCUCAGUAACCCAUUAGAUAACAGUUUUGAUAUGGAUUUUCUUCAUUCCAAACUGAACAGGGGAGGAGGUGGGGUUAUGACGACUUAGCCGCACAAACCCAGAUGGGUAUUUCCAAUUUAGGCUUAGGUCCUCACUUUUGAACUACCCAUUUACUUCAAUUGGCGGAAAACAAGUCCAUAUGUCAUGUACUAAGAUGUACAUCAAGAUCCCCAAUUUCACUACCAUGGAACCCUAAUUUUUUGUGGUUUGAACAAGUUCUAGUAUGAACUUCUUCUGGGGAAACUGAAAUCCUAAUUUCCUGAGAGAGAGAGAGAGAGAGAGAGAGAGAGAUAGAGAUAGAGAUAGAGAUAGAGAGAUCUUGGUGGUGGCUUGGCGUCGGUGCGCUAAGGGGUGCCGUCUGGAGAGGCUAUUUUCGCGAAGGGAGGCGUCAGUGGUCGCCGGAGGUGCAGGUUGAGUCGAUGCCGGUGGUCUUCGUCCCCCCUCCUCCUUCUCUCUCUCUCUCUCUCUCCUCCUCCCUCUCUCUGUCAAACAGUUACACCAGAACAGAAGCCCCUUUUCGCAUCAAGAAAGAAGAAGGCCCUUUUUUGUAUUUUAUUUUAAAUUUUGCUUUUGCUGACGUGGGGCCCACCCGCCACGUCAGCAUCGGGAACCAAGUCGGGCACCAAGAUAGGGAACCGUAUUGGGUAUAAUUACCUUGAAGUGAAGUGACGAUAAGAAGUUGGCAAGUACUCCGUACUCGGUUAACAAUGGCGAAUCCAGAGCAUCCCCGCCUCAUCAUUCAUGAUUUCCUCUCUCUAGACCUCUGCAAGGAGCUAGAGUUCAUACACAAGAGCUGUGGAACAGUGGGGUACAGGCCGAACGUGUUCUCGACGACUCUCUCACAUCUCAUCGCAACUAACUGCGGUCACCUAAUCAUGCCUUUCGUGCCCAUCCGUGAGAGGCUGAAAGAGAAAGCGGAGGAGUUUUUCGGGUGCGAGUUUGAGCUCUUUGUGGAGUUCACUGGCUUGAUCAGGGCUUGUGGAGCAUUUGGAGUGAAAAACAGCUGGAGUACAGGAGCAAGCAUUGGCUGGCACAGUGAUGAUAACAGACCUUAUCUGAAGCAACGGGACUUCGCGGCAGUUUGUUACCUGAAUAGCCAUGGUGAAGAUUUCGAAGGCGGGCUUUUUCACUUCCAGGACUGGCAACCUACUACUAUUGUGCCAAUGGCCGGAGAUGUUGUGAUGUACACAGCCGACAGCAGAAACAUUCAUUCUGUUGAUGAGAUUACUGGUGGAGAGAGACUUACACUAACACUAUGGUUUAGUCGUGAUGGGUCCCACGACGAGGAUGCUAAACUUAUUUACUUUCUAUCCGAAAAACAAUUACCUCGUUCUAUUCACGAGACUCGUUCGUUCCUACCUCAGCCAGCAUCAAGUAGAAUGUACUGGUUUCCUUCUGUUUCAGCUUCCACUUAUGAGUCAGGAUUUGACAUCUGCUUUGCUAGAAUACAUGCCCAUGGAUAUGAUCUUUAUUCACUCCAAGACAUAAGUUGUUUCUCAGCAUCAGAUUCAUCUAAUGACUUGUCAGAAGUAUCGAUGGCACCAUUAAGACUAGCAAGGGAACAUGAGUUAUUUGAUGAAGAAUUUGUCAAUAUAUUACAUGUUCUCCAGGCAGUUCAAUUCUACUGUUGGAAGGCCUCUGAGUUGCAAACUUCUGGACAUGAAAAGAGAAUAAAUGUGGUACCAUUAUCCCCUUCACAGAGGGAAGAAGUUAACCGGCUGAAACAUGUGUUUCUAAAGGAUGAACGAGUACCAGAUAAACUUUUCAGCAGUGCAAUGGGUAACGAGCGCAGUCAACAGCCCUUCAAUUGGGCCCAUGUAUCUGCUGCAGUAACCGCAUGGGAAGCUUAUUCUAAUAAGCUAGUUAAAGAAAUGCUACUGAGCUUACCAUACUGGAAAACACAUCAAUCUAUAUUUUCUGUUCCAUCGUUUGAUCUUGGGAAAUGAGUUGAAACUAAACAUAUCAAUUCCAUUUUGACUCUUUCGAAUUUAAACAUUUGGAUUUUCAAA